UUUUGUUUUUAAUGUAAAACAGUAAUAAUAUAGUUCAUUUUUAAAGAAGAUAAAAGUUCAAAAUGAACAGAAUAAUUUUAAAUCAUUAUCGUUGUUUAAAACGAUCGAAUAUAAUAUGGGAGUGUAAACAGUAUCAAAAUAUUCCAUAUAUUACACUUUCAAGGUCAUUGUCAUAUUACACAACUCAUCCUCUGAGAUUGCAGCAUGAUAAUACACAGAAGCCUCUUAAUUCACAAAUCAUUGGCUUUCCUCCACAUCUCAGAUAUAUUAGCACCACCAACCAAUGUUAUGAGAAAGAACCUCUUAAACCAUCCUCUAAGGUUGAGGCUACAGUUGAAACAAUUAAAAAAGGCAUUGAAGAAAAAGAAAAACUACCCAAAAAGGAAGAGGUUAAAAAGAAAAGUUUAAAACAGCGUAUAAUGGAUGAGCUUACACAUUAUUACCAUGGUUUUAGGUUACUCUUUAUAGAAAUAAGAAUAUCAACGUCACUGUUAUUCCAAAUAUUAAAAGGAAAAUCUCUAACACGGCGUGAGCACAGACUGAUGGUCACCACCGUCGGAGAUCUGUUUAGAAUGGUGCCUUUUAUAGUGUUCAUAAUUGUACCAUUUUUGGAGUUUGCAUUACCAUUAUUUAUUAAAUUCUUCCCAAACAUGUUGCCCAGUACUUUUGAAAGCAGAAGUCAAAAAGAGGCUAAGCUGAAGCAACACUUAAAAGUUAAGUUAGAAAUGGCAAAGUUCUUUCAAGAAACAUUGGAUCAAAUGGCACCGCAAGCUAGUAAUAGACAUUCAGAACUUGCUAAGGAGUUUUCUAAUUUCUUUAGUAGAAUACGGACCUCAGGUGAUGUAGCAACUAGUGAGGAAAUAAUGAAAUUCUCUAAGCUGUUUGAGGAUGAGAUCACAUUGGAUUCACUUCAAAGGCCACAUUUGGUUGCUUUGUGUAAAGUGUUAAAUGCUUCAACAAUUGGAACAAGUGCUAUGUUACGGUAUAACCUUAAAAUGAAGUUACGGUCACUGGCGGCUGAUGACAAAAUGAUUGCAAAGGAGGGUGUCGAUAGUUUGAACUUCAGUGAGCUUCAACAGGCUUGUAGAGCGAGAGGUAUGAGAGCUUAUGGUGUAUCUGAGGAGAGGUUACGGAAGGAGUUGAGGAAUUGGCUGGAUUUGUCGUUAAAUGAGAAGGUGCCACCGUCUUUACUGUUAUUGUCCCGAGCUCUUAUGGUGCCGGAACAUGUACCGACGACGUACAAACUGAAGGCCACGAUAUCUGCAUUACCUGAACAAGUUGCUACACAAACUAAAGCAGCUAUCGGUGAAAAGGAAGGCAAAGUGGACUUCAAGGCUAAAGCAGAGGCAAUUAAAUUGGAAGAACAGAAGAUUAAGGAAGAUAUGAAGGAGUUCUUAGAAGCGGAGAGAGAGAAACAGAUACUAGAAGCAAAGAAGAAGCAGAAAGAGGAACUUGUUGAUAAAGCACCCAUUAUUGAAAUGGAUAUGGAACAAGUUAUGAUUGAUCCUGCCCCUGUUAUAGCUAUUGAUGUACCAAAGCAAAAGGAAAAGUCUGAGGAAGGUUUGUCCGGUAAAGAUUUGGAGGUAAUUGAAGAUGCUUUAGAAAAAUUAGCUGAACAGAAGAAAUCUCUGCUACUGGAGAAGGAAAGUAUUCAGGAGUUGAAGACGGAACUGCUAGACUAUAGUGAGGAUGUCAAAGAAAUGCAGGAGAUUGUCAAGACUAAGCAAGCUGAUAUUAAACUGACAAAGGGUGCCAGAAGAUUGUACCGCGCUGUGAACAAUAUGAUAAGUAAAUUGGACGCAGCGCUUGUGGAGUUGGAAAAUAAGGAGAAAGCUCUGAAGACGACGUUGGAGCAUUCGAAGACGGAGCCGCAGAAGGCCAAGGAGCAGUUGAUACAGAUUGAUGAACUGAUGCAUUCCAUAAAGAGUCUACAGAAGGUGCCGGAUGAAGCCAAACUGAAACUCAUACAAGAUGUGCUCGGCAGGCUUGAUGAUGACUUCGAUGGACAACUCAAGAUUGAUGACGUUUUGAAGAUGUUAGAAAUAAUAGGCAACGAGAACGUGAAUUUGUCCGAGAAACAGAUAAACGAACUGAUCGAACUUCUCGAUAAGGAGGAAAUAUUAGAAGUUGAGAGUAAAAUACAGAAAGCUCUGGAUAAGGCGGCUUCAGCUGCCAAGGAGCAGGAUAAGACCAGCGACUCUGAUGGAAAGAGUCUAUUCGACAUAAUCCGCGAAGCACAGAAGAGAAGAGAGAUGAAGAAAGCGGUGGAGAAGUUCGGAGAGCAGAGCGAUCUGCCCAAGAGUGGAGACAUCGUCACCAAGCCCGGGGACAGCGGACAGCGCCCCGAGCGACACUGACCGUACACUGCUAUAUAGUUACAUCUCACUCACGAAAACAGUUACAUCUAUAAAGUGACACUUCCGUGGUAACAUCUGUAAUGUGUCACGGAAAAGGUCACAUCUUUAAAGAUGUAACGAAUACAGAUACAUCUAAAAAGUGUCAUGAAUACAUCUCCAACGUGUCAAGGAAAAUGUUACAUCUUUAAAGAUGUAACGAAUACAGAUACAUCUAAAAAGUGUCAUGAAUACAUGUGUAAUGUGUCACGUCAAACGUCGCAUCUUUAAAAUGUAACGAAUACAGAUACAUCUAAAAAGUGUCAUGAGUGCAUCUGUAAUGUGUCAAGGAAAAUGUUACAUCCUUAAAGAUGUAAUUAAUAGAAAUACAUCUAAAAAGUGUCAUGAAUACAUCUGUAGUGUGUCACGGAAAAGUUCACAUCUUUAAAGAUGUAACUAAUACAGAUACAUCUAAAAAUUGUCAUGAAUACAUCUGUAGUGUGUCACGGAAAAUCACAUCUUUAAAGAUGUAACUAAUACAGAUACAUCUAAAAAGUGUCAUGAAUACAUCUGUAGUGUGUCAAGGAAAGUGUUAAAUGUCACGAAAAAGGUCACAUCUUCAAAAAUGUAACGAAUAUAGAUACAUCUAUAAAGUGACACAAAUCAUGUUGAAUUGUGUAGCGAAAAUAUUAUAUUUCUAAUGUCACGAAGAAACAUCUCUGAAGUGUCACGAAAAGGGUUACACAUUUUAAUGUUAUUUUAGUUAAUAUAACACUUGUAACUCUUUUCGUAUUUUUCAAAAUAUUGACUGACGUAAUAUGUCGCUCUCAUAUUUUAGGUGAAAAAAGUGAUGAUUGUAUUGUCAUCUCCAAAUUGUUACUACGACAAAAUUCACGACCCUAACAUAAAAGGGUAGACAGAUACCACGGACCUGGGAAAAGUUUAUAUAGAUUUAAAAUAGGUAUAUUUUGAAUUAUUUUAUUUUCGUCUACUCAUAACUAAAGUACUAAAACAAUCCGUAACUAUAUGAUUUUUAUUACCUUUUGUAAUAUUGACUACACAAUAGAAAAAUUAUUAUCUGUGGUUAUUAAUUGUAUCGUUAGAAUGAAAAUAAA